AUGGCGUCGCCUGCGAGCGCGGAGUCCGAGAGGCCGCGGGCGAAGAGCGACCGGUUGAACGAGGUGGAAGAGAAGGAACCUGAGCCUGAGUUCGGGGACGUGAUCAAGAACGUCACGGUAGCGCUCGGUCGUGAGGCAGUUCUCUCCUGCAUAGUCGACAACCUCGGGACCUACAGGGUGGGCUGGAUGAGAGCAGACACACAGACGAUCCUGAGCCUGCACAAACGCGUCGUCACACACAACAACAGGAUAUCGGUGACUCACGACGAACCCAGGACCUGGAACUUGCACAUCAGGAUGGUGAGGGAAUCCGACCGAGGUUGUUACAUGUGCCAGAUUAACACGGCUCUUAUGAAGAAGACCCUCGGCUGCAUCGACGUGCAUGUUCCGCCGAACAUCAUCGACAACGAGACGUCGAGCGACGUGACGGUGCCCGACGGCGAGAGCGUGACGCUGGUGUGCGCCGCCCGGGGGUACCCGCAGCCCAAGAUCGAGUGGAAGAGAGAAGACAAAGAAAAAAUAGUUCUCCGAACAGGACGGAAGGAGAGAAUGAAGAUGGAGGUCGUGGAGGGCCCUUACCUCAACCUCACCCGAGUCAACCGCCGUCAGAUGGGAGCUUACCUGUGCAUCGCCAAGAAUGAAGUCCCGCCAGCUGUUAUGAAGCGCAUUAUUGUCAACGUCUCGUUCGAACCAACCAUCCAAGUACCCAAUCAGCUGGUCGGGUCGCCGCUGGGGUCAGACCUAGCCCUGUCGUGUAAGGUCGAGGCGUACCCCAAACCCAUCACUUUCUGGCGCAAGAACAACGAAAUAAUGAUCUUAGAUGGGCCCAAGUACAAAGUCCUGGAGUCCCACCGGUCGUACCACACCAACAUGACGCUGGUGAUCCGCGACCUGCAGAUGGGCGACAUCGGGACCUACACGUGCAUGGCCAGGAACUCCAUCAACCAGGCAGAGGGCCAGAUCAGGACGUACAAGAUCGACCCCCCCGCGACGCACAGGCCCACCACGGACAAGGGGCCACGAGGGGGGGACUCCCUCUCCCCCGCCAUCGAUCACAGUGCCAAAUCCUCAGGUUUACACAAGAACCGCGCCGAAGACAGCUACACGUACCAGGUCCCGGUGGACACCUCGCACACGCCCUACAGCAAAGGCAAGCUCAAGGACCUGCAGCUGUACAACCAGGAGAACUCUGGUCACGGGCGCAAGAAGCCUCGUAAACCAGACAGGAGUUCUGCGUCUUCGAUGAUGACGUCACAGAGCAUCUGGACCCUCGCUGCUUCUGAUACCGAUAGAAAGCCAAAACAAGUUUACAUCCGUCUCUUCCAUUCCCAGCGAAUGGCGUAUGUCAAAGAUACAAACCACCGAGUGUUUCUGAGGGAAAAGAAAGAAGGGAAGCUCUACAUCAGAGUCCUCAUAAAAGUGCCGCCAAAACAGCAGCAGUCAGUGGACUCUCAGUAUGAACUUGGUAUUUCAAAAUGCACGGGAGGUGCUUCUGCACAGCGCGCUUCCAUCAAGGCCAAAUAG